CUAUUGAUUCCCCCAAGACCUUUCCCAUAUUUGCUUUUAAUUAUUCUCUAUCUUGCUCGGAGAUCUAACCAUGAUAUCUGGUCGGGGCUAACCUGGAAGCCGCAGUCUGGCAGUCAAGACGCUUCCUUGGAAGCACCAUGAACACCACCGCGAGUCGUGGCUCUAUCCAGGCCAUCUAUAAGAGCUACGUAGAGAACUCACGCAUCGAUAUGCAGGGAGAAGAUGCCAAUGUGUACGUGGCACGGGCCCUCCGGCUGGUCAUAGAGACUGUGCUGACCCAACUGAGUGCGACCCUGGUAGUGACUAUCUCCACCAGAGAACUCGGCACCGCCCAGUGGUUUGAAUACGUGAUAAACAAUCUGGUGGAUUCUUGGCAUUUGGCAGCCGUUCAGCUCCUGAGCUUCCGGGAGGACAGGCCUCCGGUUCGAGUGUCAGGACGAAAGAGAGUCAAUCUGCUGCUGGUGGACUCCUACGCAGGAUUACUGGACACGAAUAUAACCGAAGAUAAUGCCGACUUUGACGAUCUGGACUACUACUUUAUCUUCCUGCAGGCCCGGGAUCGUUUCAUUCCCCAGCAAAAGCAGCUGAUCCUUGACCAUUGCCUGAACCACUAUUGGCUCAACUGCAAUGUGAUGAUCCAGACCGCGCAGGUGGAGGUCCUGGUGUACACCUUCUAUCCCUACACGGCGAACAGGUGCCAACGAGCGGACCCUGUGCUGGUCAACCAAUUCGAUGGAAGGCAGUGGAUGCAAAACGGUUCAAUGUUCCCGGACAAACUGGACCAGAUGCACGGGUGUCCGCUGACCGUGCUCACUUGGCACCAGCCGCCGUUUGUGGCGCUGCACUGGGAUCCGAAUUCGGAGGAGUUGCAGGCCAGCGGCUUCGAGAUUCAGCUGCUGGAGUACAUGUCGCAGCAAAUGAAUUUCAGCGUGCAUCUCAGCAAUCUCUCUCUCUUGCGGCCGGAGAAAUACUACCUGGCGGAGGGUAAAGCUGAAGGACCUUUGGAAAUACUUCUUCAGCGCCGUGCCAACCUGAGCUUGGGAUAUUUCCGACAGACGGCUCGCCGCAAAAAGCUUCUGACUACACCCAUGUCCUACUACUCCGCCAACUUGGUGGCGAUCGUCUCUCUGGAGCGCUACCGCCUGGGACCCCUUGCCUUGCUCGUAUUUCCCUUUGAUCUAACAGUGUGGCUCCUCCUGCUCAGCGCCGUGACUCUCCACACGGGUCUUCAGAUCCUACGGAGGCAGAAUGGCCUCCAGAUAUGGGCUCUUCUACUGGGAGCCUCUGUGGGCCGCUGGCCUCGCCCAUGGAGGUUCCGCAUUAUUGCCUCCCACUGGCUGUGGGCCAGCAUACCCCUCCGGGUCACCUACCAAUCCCUGCUGUUCCACUUGAUCCGCCUGCAGCUGUAUGAGAGCCCGCCGCUGCAGUUGGACGACCUUAUAGGCGAGGGCUAUCAGGCAGUCAGUACGGCAAACACGCAACGACUGAUCCAGGAGGUUCCUCAGGUGGCCCAGAACCGGAGAAUGUUUCACGCCUUGGACGCUGCUUCCGACUGGGAAGUCCUGGCCUCGCUGCAGCGGGAUAGGUACGGCAAGAUCUUUGGAAUCGUCAACCAGGACGUGAGCCAGUCCUACCUGCAAUCCUUUGCAUCCAUGGAGGAGGAUGCCUACCACGUGCUGAGGCAGCCGGUGAAUGUGGAGUACGUGGGUAUGUACAUGCCGAAACACUCCUACAUGUACGCCAAAGUGGACGAGACUGUGCGGCGACUAGACGCCGGAGGAUUCAUCCUGGCCUGGCGCAGAGCCGCCUUUAAUGUCCGUCGCUGGGAUAGUGACCAAGAGCAGAUGAGCCGCCAACUGGUCAAUCACACUAAGCUAUCGGGCAUUUACAUCGUAUUGGCGGGAAUGUACCUUCUGUCUGGAAUUUUGUUCGCCGGGGAAGUCUUGCUCCACCGCCGGAAUCAGAACGCUCAAAGUCGGAGGUAGUUCAUUUCCGAAGUCCUCGUGUUUACUUUUGUGUUCUUCUGUG